UUCUCCGCGAGUUUAAUUUGAGCAGAAUAGCUGCAGUCUCGUACUCGAAUCGGAAUCCAUUAUUGCAGAAAUCGAGAUAUUUUAGGAGGCGUCCUGCUCUGCCACUGUCGUCAGCGUUGAAACCUUUAGUUUCCAGUCUAGUGGCAGUAACAGACCAUCACCAGCCACAGCCACAGCAUAAUCCAUUUCCACACACAGGCACAAACCUUGAGCCUGCACUCUGCUGAUUAGUCAGUCCUCUUGUCGAUCCAUCCUGCAAGAGUGCUAUAUUGCUGUUUUGAUUUCGGUUUCCCUUCCCCGUGGUUAUUGUUAUGAGCUUCUCACAUCUAACAUGUUUAAUCUAAUCACAGUGGAUGAAUCAGUGACUAAUGCCCUUAUCCUUUUUUAAGCAUGUGUUGAUUACCGAUCCUCAAUAUAUCUUAUCAUAACCGGAAAAAAACAUUGAUGGCUGAACUGUGAGCUAAGAGAAAAGAAUUUUAAGCAGGGAGAUGGCGCUGAUCACGAAUGUCUCUGACUACGAGGAGCUCGCAAAGCAGAAGCUGUCGAAGAUGGUUUAUGACUUCUAUGCGUCGGGUGCAGAAGACCAGCGGACACUCAAGGAGAAUAGGGAGGCAUUCUCCAGAAUUUUGUUUCUACCAAGGGUACUGAUUGAUGUGUCCCGUAUCAACAUGUCCGUGAGUGUUUUAGGCUACAACAUUUCCAUGCCUAUUAUGGUGGCUCCCACUGCUUUGCACAAACUGGCCCAUCCAGAAGGAGAGGUUGCUUCUGCCCGAGCUGCAGCUGCUGCAGGAACUAUUAUGACUUUGUCUUCAUGGUCAUCUUGUAGCAUUGAAGAAGUUAGCUCGAGUGGACCAGGACUCCGUUUCUUUCAACUUUCAGUAUUCAAGGACAGGAACUUUGUGCAACAGCUUGUCAGAAGGGCUGAAAACGCUGGCUAUAAGGCAAUUGCCGUCACUGUUGAUGCCCCACGGCUUGGUCACAGGGAAGCUGAUGUCAGGAACAGAUUCUCCUUGCCUGAAAAUGUGGGAUUGAAGUGCUUUGAAGGACUGGAUCUCAGCAACAUGGACAAGAAUGUUUCUGGCCUUGCUGCAUAUGUCGCUAGCCAGAUUGACAGCUCUCUUUCUUGGAAGGAUAUCAAGUGGCUACAGAUGAUUACCCGGUUGCCUAUCUUAGUGAAAGGAGUCAUAACAGCAGAAGAUGCUCGAAUUGCCAUUGAAUGUGGUGUUGCGGGUAUUAUCAUGUCCAACCACGGGGGACGCCAGCUAGACUAUCUUCCUUCAACCAUCAGCUGCCUCGAAGAGGUUGUUAGAGAAGCCAAAGGGAGUGUCCCUGUGUUCCUUGACGGCGGCAUCCGCCGUGGCACUGACGUGUUCAAGGCCUUGGCACUGGGAGCCUCAGGAGUAUUUAUUGGAAGGCCCGUGCUGUUCGCCCUCGCCGUGGACGGCGAGGCCGGUGUGAGGAAGGCGCUGCAGAUGCUGAGGGACGAGCUGGAGAUCGCCAUGGCGCUGAGCGGCUGCACGUCGCUGAAGGAGAUCACUCGCGGCCACGUCAGCACUGAGGGUGACAGGAUCGGUCGCUCUCGGCUGUAGCCUCGCUCUUGCUGUUGGUUUUGUCUCUGUGUUACUGAAACUCGCGGGGCUGCUGAACCUGAACGCCAUGGGCCAUGGCAUAAAUGGAUUCAGAGAUCCAGUAGCGUCGGACACCCGCAGUUCUUGUGUUCCUUGUAGAUUCAUGCGUACAAGCGCAACCAUGAAUGGGUGAUUGCAUUCUUGUUGUUAA